AUGAGAACAAGUCGAUGUGUAUAUUAUGGGCGUCUAUAUGCUCUGUUCGCCAUCUACUUUCUCUGCGACCUUGGCGAAAGUCGUCUGGAUAUAACUACAUUGAGCACACGUGAAAUAAAUACGCGAUUUGUGGGUACUGCUCAUGUCACUGAAUUUGCCUCGGAAGAAUUUGUAACUGUUAGAUUUCUAGGUAUAUCAUACGCCAAGAUAUCUCAAAGGUUCGCUAAACCAGUGUUAAAUGUACCAAAGCCAGGUGUUGUUGACGCUAAAACGUUUGGUUAUAUUUGUCCGCAAGUUCUUACCCCAGGCGACCCGUGUCAAAAACAACCUAUGAGCGAGGAAUGUCUUUUCUUGAACAUCUAUGUCCCGCUUCAGAACAUCAGCAAUGAGACACGUAGUGAGAUUAUUAAAUCCAUAGCUACUAGCACACUUCCAACGGUUACAACACUCAAGCUAAACGGAUCUCUAGAAGAGUCUUCUAGUUCUUUGGAUAAUGCUUCGGCGCCAAUGUCAUCCAAUACAUCUUCUAAAUUAAUGCUUUCGUCAGUGAAAAGCAUACUGGACCAGAUGGAAAGGUUGGAAAAGACUUUAAUGACUGAUCUGAACGCAGAAAACAGAAGCGAAGGACGCUGGAGUUCGGUUAAGGUGACUAUGAAACGUUCAGCUUCACCUGCAGACACUCAUGACAAGCCUCUUGUUCUGCCAGCUAAUACAAAAUAUGCUGUAUUAGUGUAUCUUCAUGGCGGUGCUUUUGUUAUGGGCAGCGGCAACUGUUACGAUGGGUCAGUGCUGGCCGGACACGGAAAGAUAAUUGUAGUGACCGUUAACUACAGACUCGGCAAUCUGGGCUUUCUAACAACUAACGAUGGUGUAAUUCCAGGAAAUCUUGGAUUGUGGGAUCAGCAUGUGGCCGUUCAGUGGUUGAAGAAAUAUAUACAUAUCUUUGGUGGUGAUCCGGACCGUAUCACCCUUGGUGGUCAAUCUGCUGGGAGUUACAGCUCUAUCUACCAAGCUUUGUAUCAAGGGAAUGAUGGGCUGUUUCAGAGGGUUAUCGCCCAGAGUGGUACACCAACGGCUGUUAAAAGUGCUAGUUUAACAGGAUAUAACACUACAUUAAGAGUGGCCAAACAGCUAAACUGUGAAAUAAACACUACAAAUCAACAAUUGAAGGCUUGUCUGAUGAGCAUCUCAGCUGAAUCCCUGGUCAAUGUAAGUCUUCCUAUGCUGGUUCCUGGUAGUCUACCUAUCGAGCCAACAGUUGAAGAACCUUUUGUCCCUGAGGAUCCAUACAAGAUCUUGUCACAAAUGGCUGCACCCGCUGUUCGUAAACCCUUCACCCGUGCCUGGGUACUUCCAAAACAAAGAUCUUCUCAUCGGAUUAGAUGCUCAAGAUGGUGA